ACGACACGGACAAGGACGUCGCACAAUCGAGCGAUGAUAUACGCGAUCGCCUGCUCACUACCCUAACCGACGCAAGCGAAUCGACCCUCUCAGCCGAAAAGUCCGCUUGAACACUUCACGCAACCGAAUGACCCAUUCAUACAACGAUUCUCCUUUCGACUUUCCUGCGGGAAAUCUUCUCUAGGUCCGUCGACAUUCACUGGUUGAACAUGUCGAUCUCGACCGAGGCCGCUUUUUUCUCCUCGCAAUGCGCCAGAGCUUACACAGUGGACGCACUUUUGCGACCUUAUACGAAACCCGAUGCAGCGCGGACUUUUUUGCACAAACAGGGUGCGCUUUCUCGACCGAUCGGCGACGACUUUUUCUUCGCUUCCUUUUCUUUUCGUCACUUUUUUUUUCUUAUAUCGCUGUUAUGUCUGUUUGGGGAAAUGACGGAAAGGAAUCAUCCGGGCGGCUAUCUGUUUGAAAUUCUUUCUGCUAAAGUUAUUGAUACCCCCUCUCGCACACACGCUUCAUCGCGGGUUUUUGGUGCGCGCGUUUUCUCGAGUACAUACAAGGCAAAAUCAAUACCGAUUGUCCAUUGAAUCGAAUCUUAUCUGUCAAUUGUCGAUCAAUCGUUGUGACCGGAUCUGUUCAUUUCGGCUAUCUAACCGUAGGACAUCCAUCAGGACGAGCGUGGCUCAAUUCCGGGGUAAUGAUGGCAUUCGAAGAAU